UGUUGAGUCAUAUCUUUCAAUGCUAAGUUUUGACAUGUAGCAGCUUUCCUCUUGGUUGGACCACACGUUUUAUUGGGAACCACACUUUCAAAGCUCGAGAUAAAAUGUUACGAGGGCUGUGGGUGAAUUCCACAGCACGAAAAUGGGCAAUGGUCCGGGCAAACGAACAAAAGUGUCAGUGGCAUGCUUGCAUCAAAUAGCUCUAGGAAUUCUAUACUUUGCUUAUUGCAUAGACAUGGAAACGGGUCCCGCACGUUACAACCCCAUGGACGCACAGCGUUUCGACCCCCUGCGACGCACUAACAUGAGACUCGUCUCGCUUUUCAAAACCGGCAGUUCACAUUUGAUGAGGCAGGACCCUUGCAUCAGGACCGAGAAAACGAGCGCAAGUGAUGCAUGGCCGAACCACAAGGUUGGGUCGCGCCCAUCCCUUACGGACACAUGCUCCACUUCCGCUACACCUGUCGACGUAUACCACCCCGCUGACAUCGUUGUCACACGUACCAUCAUCCGCCCUAAUCCCAAUCCCCAUCGUCGUCCUACUCGUAUGCUAUCUCGCACACAGAUGGUGUUUAAACGGAUGUUCUCGCGCGCGCCGUCUCCCGCAAGCACAUACUCUUUCUCUCCAUCUUCUCCGUCAUCUGCGUCAACCCGAUCCACUCCCCCUUCGCGCUUCAAGGGCCUGGUGCUCAACUGUUUCAGCGCAUCCUCAGCCUUUGAUAGCAAGGCCGAUGAUAUGCAAAUGCACAGGAGGGAGAGGCCUGUGUUACUGGCGAUUGUGAAGGAGACAAGGGAAAGAUAUGAGGAUGAUCAGGCGUUUAAGGAGAUCGUGGGGAGUGUCAUUCCUGCUGCUGGUGUGAGGGGCGGCGCUUGAGUUUGAUCUUUGCAUGGCGUGGGUUAGAUGCUUGUGAAUGGUUUUUCUGCAAUUCUGGACGCCCUAUUGCAUAUACACUCCUUGUUACGCUAAUUAUUUACAAUAUCUGGGGACUGUCUGUAUGUCUGUACACUUUCAUUUAUGUGUAUUUCAUAGUAACUUGGUUGUCAUCUAUCUUGUAUCUACUUGUGUUCACUAUGCGA